AUGGAUGUCAAACCAGUUUACAAAUGUAUUGUGAAGAUAUUGAACUUGCUUGUAAUUUGCUGGGUAGAACUGCUUCAUAUUCAACCACACUCCGCACACACCACCACCCAGAAACCAUCAGAAAAACCAACAACGACACAUCAUGUCACUCCUCACAAGACAACCACUAAAGAAAAAACUACCACAAUGCCACCAACAACAACUACAGAACGACUAACCACCACACAAGCCACCACCACACAAGCCACCACCACAACAGCGGGGCCAACCACGGUGUUACCACCUCUUAAUCUGACAAUCUGUGACGCCUUUGCAUUUGUGAUGGCACUAGCUAGUGGUGACAAGGUCCUGGAUCAACACGCCGGUCUAUGUUCGGACGGCACUCACAGUCAGUCUGAGGCUGUCCUGCUUCAGACCUGUAAAGCCCCAGACGCUUCCACGUGGACAGCUGGACCAAAGGUAAUGGAUAACUGUGCUCGGAUCCCCGCCUAUACACCUAUUGCCACUUUUGAGUUUGGUCAGUAUAAUCUGGACUCGUCUUCAUUAUCUGGUAUCUUUGUGGAGUGUACUGACGAUGGAUUCAAGGUUGCCGCACAAUUAUGCGGACAUGGGCCUGAAAUUUACACAAUUCACAAAGGCGGCACUACACUGAGACAGGAUGCAAAUAAUUAUUAUGUCGUUAACAUUUAAAAAAAAAUAUUCUGCGAAUUCUGUGAUACAAAUUUCU